AUGGAUCGGUUCCUCGGAAAGUUGAAAAAGAAAGCCGGCGGUGGGCGAAACAAGGCCGACACAGACAAAGCACACCGGCCUCUAGAAGCAUCAAGUUCACCGUCACCAUCAUUGUCCCCAGAACCAAAAUCAACAUUUUCUGAAGAGUUCUCCUCCUUCUGGAAUUCAAAGGAAGCCUUUGAAACCACCCUGCACCGUCCGGUUACACCCUCUGGCGACAGGCAUUCAAACUACAGGCCACACCGACGAGCACCAGAAACUCCUCCAGCAACAGCAACGUCGCUUUUUCCUCCAGGAUUCUCUAGUCAUCCUUAUGAGCACACCAAGAAGAGUUAUCCGCCACCUAGAACUUCUGAAGUCGCGAUAUAUUCUCCUGGAAGGAUCAAGAGAAAAGAGCUUCCGGACAACGAGAAGACUCAGCAGGCACCAGAAACUUCCAAAGUCACUGUGCGUGCAGUUCCUCAAGCCGACAAAGAAUCAGAGCAAGAGUCAGAGCAAGAGCUAGAGCGGGGGCUAGAACCAAGUACAAGAAACACGUCACAAGAGAUUGAAGGCAGUGUAACUUCAUUGGAAAGCCCUAGCCUGGAUUCAAAGCACGAAAUUGUCAUCAAAACCAAAGCAGAAAGGACAGCAGAGCUUCUGGCAAAGAAAUAUGCUCGCCUCGUCCAUCAACAAGAGGAGCUCCAUGCAAGGAAAUACAUGCACAUCAUCCACCACCGAGAAGAGCUUGAAUCCCGUGGCAUUCUGUGGCCUACAAACGCCCCAACCCAUGAAUAUCCUGAUGACAAAAAUGAGCCACAAGUAUAUGAGUUUCCACAGUUUGUUCCAAAACCGCUUAUGUUGCGGAAUCAAAAAGAGCCGAGUGAGGGAAGUCGAUCAAACCAGCGCCAAAUCUCUGCGAAUGGGGUUGUGCAUGAUUAUGAAGCUGCAAAGUUGGAGAGCUGGAGACAGUUUUAUGGAAAGGGCGAGAUGAUGAAGACCUUACACAAUGAGAUCGAUGAGUAUCUUGGAGCUCUUCUGUUCAAGAGGCUCCUGAAAGAAACAGCUGCAGAUGCCACUCGGGAGUCCACAAUGUACCGCUCAGAGAUUACUGUCAGGAAGUAUUGGGAAGGUGUCCGAGGAUUUCUUGGGUCGGAAUUCAAAAAUGAGGACACAAGGAAUUGAAAUUCAUUCCUAGCUUCUGUACAAAUAGCUUUUGAUGUUGGCUUCUCAGUUCCGGCGAGGCUUGUAUAGGACGUAUGCUGAAAGAAGAACUUGAUAUAUUCGAGAAAAUACCUAAAACCUUUGCUGUUUUUUUAAGUAUAUACGAAUCAUCGUGUAUUUCAAUUCUAGCGGGCUCAUAUUCACAUAGUUGAGAAC